AUGAUCAUUAUUGAUCAAGGCACGUCCCACUCCACACAGCAUGCAGAAGUUAUAGCAGCUCUUUUAGCUGCCAGAAAGUCUUUGAAGGAGAGACAGGAUUUACAUUUGUUCUCUGACUCAUGGUGUGUACUGAAUGAGAUAGACUUAUGGUCAGGAAAAUGGGAACAUACAGAUUGGAAAAUCAAUGGAAAGGCAAUUUGGAGUAAGGAAGCAUGGAAGGAGCUACACCAGAUUGGGAGAGACAUCAAAAUUCAGGUAUACCAUGUAGAUGCUCAUGAAAAAGAUGAAUCUUUACAGACUAAAUAUAAUAAUGAGGUUGAUAAAUGA